UUGAGAGUUUAAAUGUGUUGCAAUUGAGAAAUUGUUCUUUUAUAGAAACACUUCCAAAUUUAUUUUUUAAAAUUACCACAUUAUUAGAACUUGACUUAGAAGGAUGUUCAAACUUAACUAUGCUACCAAAUGAAAUGGAGUAUAUGACUUCUUUAAAGAUACUCAAUUUACAAUAUUGUAUAAGGUUAAGAUUAUUACCAACAUCAAUAGGAAGUCUUCAUUCUUUAAAAGUUCUUAAUGUUAAAAAUUGCCAAAGCUUGAUAUCAUUGCCAAAUGAAUUAGGCAACCUUAUAUCUUUGACUACCUUAAAUAUUAGUUGGUGCUCAAGCUUGACAUCAUUGCCAAAUGAAUUGGACAACGGGGGGUGCUCAAGCUUGACAUCAUUGCCAAAUGAAUUGGGCAACCUCACAUCUUUGACUACCUUAAAUAUAAGGAGGUGCUCAAGCUUGACAUCAUUGCCAAAUGAAUUGGGCAACCUCACAUAUUUGACUACCUUAAAAAUAGAGGAGUGUUCAAGCUUGACAUCAUUGCCAAAUGAAUUGGGCAACCUCACAUCUUUGAUUACCUUAAAUAUAGAAAGGUGGUCAAGCUUGACAUCAUUGCCAAAUGAAUUGGGCAACCUCACAUCUUUGACUACCUUAAAUAUGGAGGAGUGCUCAAGCUUGACAUCAUUGCCAAAUGAAUUGGGCAACCUCACAUCUUUGACUACCUUAAAAAUGGAGGGCCUUCUUGCUCUCAUGUCCCUUCUGCUCAUCACCGUCGUUGGAACUCCCGACAGCAGCUUAGGCCACAAGCAUCAGCACCACUUCCACACCUAG